AGAGUGGGUGGGGCUCCAAUCCAACUAACGUAGCGUUGCCGGAAGAAGAAGCCGAUUCUGGAAGCCAUUGCGUUGCGCAUAUCAGUUGAGUAAAUCCUAUUUUUGCGUACAAUACGCACAAUUAUAUUUCUAAAAGUGGUAUUUCAGUAAUUAUGGCAUCGAUUGCGAAAAAAAGGAAAAUGAAUUUCUCGGAGAGAGAGGUGGAAAUUAUAGUAGAAGAAAUAGAGAAACAAAAGCACACACUGGUUAACCACUUCAAUGCUGGAGUCACCCACAUGGCAAAGAAUAACGCUUGGGCAGAAAUUUUGAAAAAGGUGAACGCUGUCACCACAUGUCCCAGAGAGUUGCCCGAGGUGAAAAAAAAGUGGUCUGACAUGAAGACGGAGGUCCGGAGGAAAGUGGCCCAGGCGCGGGCUGCUAUAGAGGGGACGUCCGCUGACUGCACUCCAGUUCCCGUCGUCCUCACUGCGAUGCAGCAGAGGAUCUGUAACCUUCUGGGGGAGGCCACCAUCAUCAGCCUGCCCGCAGGAGACUCGGAUGCUGAGAUCACCUUACCCGUCACUAUGAACGCCGCCGCCACCGUCACGCUGGCAGAGAGUGGUUCAGCUACAGUCUGCGAUGAAGCAAAGCCACUUAAUGCUGAAACAACCUAUCACACCUUAGAGGAUGGAGGUGUGGUGGAGUACUGCACCACUGUAAGCGAUGCCACUGCCACUGUGGUGGCGUCUGUGGAUACUCCGGUGGAGAUGCUGGCCUCAUCUUCAGCUUCCCCACCACCACUUCAGAAUCAGACCAAACCCCAGGAGCUGAAGAGCCGCAUCGCCCUCAACUCAGCCCGACUGCUGCAGGAGCAGAGAGUCACCAACGUCCACAUCCGGGAGAUCGCCCACCACCUGGAGGGCCAGAACGAGCUGCUGCAGAUGAUGCGGCGCUCUCAGGAGGCGCAGGCCUUCGCACAGGAAAGACAGGCCCAGGCCCUGGAAGGCACACAAGCUGCCGUGCUCGCUUUGGUGCAGAUGCUCAGGCCAGCUCUCAAAGACCUGCGCAAGUUCCUGCAGAGUGGGACAGAGGUGGCGAACAGCUGCAGCUCAGCAGCAGGUGGAGUGUCUGACGGGCCGGGAACCGAGGAGCAGAGCCGGCCCAAAACGCCCCCAGCUCCUUCACAAUGAACAGAGGGGACACCAGAGACAGUGUGUGUACAGCCCUGCCUCCUUUAGGCGCCGGUGAGCAGCCCAUGCAUGCAGGCUGGAGACUGAACUAUAAACAUAGAGCUGCCUGAGUGAGAACAGUACAGAUCUUUACAUAUGUUUCAUUCUUUGGAAGCAUUUACAAGGUUCUGUUAAAAUUGUAUUUUUUUACAGCCUGUCAAAAAUGAGUGGAGAUAUUUAACAAAUGUUUGAUAUUCAACUCGUGUUUUUAAAGUCAAUGAGCUGAUUUAAAAUAUUUAAUUUAGUUUCUACAUGUCAUUUAGUACAAUUGUAAAAAAAAUCUAUAUUCUGUGUUUCCCUAAAGGCUGCAUCAUUAAUGAUCAACCUGCAGAGGUUGGUGUGUGUAAAGUACGUUUCAUCACAGGUGGAUCAGCAGGAUAUGUGAAACCUGCCUUUAAUGUGAAAUCCCACCUUUGUGCCAUAUGUUUCCCUCGUACAACCAACCUACAGAGGUUCUUCAUCAUUGUGGCUCCAUGUCUUCAGCUGCAGUGUGACGCUGAGAACCCUGGUUUGGGUAUCAAGGCUGUUUUUUGGCUUAAUGGGGACAAACGAGUGUUUAGCAUUACGCUUCUCAAAAUGAGAGUGACCAGAAAUGUGUACGUUUGUAAAUUGACUAGAAGUACUAUUGAAUCGAGCCAUUAAAACGGACUCCAGUACAAACA